AUGUCACACCUGUCAGCUUUGGCCGAGUUCCUUGGCAUCAAGGUCCAGGACCCUGGUCAACGCAAUGUUGAUCAACUGGCCCGAUACGAGACGGCCCCCACGACCCUGGCCGAUGACACCUUCGUCGAAGAUCUUCCGACAACUGCCGAAUGGUUUCGGAGCCAGCUGCCCUCAACAAACACUCUCGCCCUUUACUCCCGGUCCCUCUUCCCGUUUCUGUCCUGGAUAGGUCACUACAAUCUGCAAUGGUUCGCCGGGGAUGUCGUCGCCGGCGUCACCAUCGGCGCCAUUCUUGUCCCUCAAGGCAUGGCCUAUGCUUCGCUGGCCAGGCUUGAGCCUCAGUUUGGCCUGUACUCUUCCUUUGUUGGCGUCAUGAUAUACUGGAUAUUCGGCACCGCCAAGGACAUAUCCAUCGGGCCCGUCGCCGUCUUGUCCACCGUUGUCGGCUCCGUCGUCGAGGACGUCAACUCGAGUCCGGCUGGCAAGGACGUUCCGCCUCACGUUGUUGCGUCAGCCCUCGCCGUCAUCGCCGGAUCUGUCGUCCUUGUCAUUGGCUUGCUACGCUGCGGCUGGAUAGUCGACCUAAUUUCCAUCACUUCCCUGUCUGCUUUCAUGACGGGCUCUGCCAUUACCAUUGUCGUCAGCCAGCUGCCGGCCCUCCUCGGAGUCGGCGGGUUUUCCAACAGGGAUUCCCCGUACUUGGUCCUCAUCAACACGCUGACACGCCUACCAGAGAUGAAGCUUGAUGCUACCUUGGGCCUCUCAGCCCUCCUCUCACUGUACUUGAUCCGAUACUGUCUCGCGGUGGCAGCGGAGAGACUCCCGAAGCACAAGCGAGUCCUCUUUUUUGCAAGCACCAUGAGAACCGUCGUCAUCAUUCUUCUGUGCACCAUGGUGAGCUGGAUAGUCAACAGGAACAGGCGAGGUGGGCCAGCCUUCAGCCUUCUGGGAUCCGUACCAAAGGGUAGGCAGGAGAAGCAUUGUCGAAAGUCUCCGUAUCAUGUUGACCGUUCUUCCCCAGGAUUCCGCGACGCCGGCGUUCCGGUGGUGAAGAGAAGCAUCGUCGCCCAGUUUGGCUCUCAUCUUCCAGCGACCGUCAUCGUCAUGCUUGUUGAGCACGUUGCCAUUUCCAAGUCAUUCGGGAGAGUCAACAACUACAGCAUCGACCCCUCCCAAGAAAUGGUUGCCAUCGGCAUCACCAACAUUCUCGGUGCAUUCCUCGCUGCUUAUCCCUCCACGGGAUCAUUUAGUCGAAGUGCCGUCAACUCCAAGGCGGGCGUUCGAACACCAGCCGCCGGCACGGUUACUGGUCUUGUCGUUUUGCUGGCCACAUAUCUACCCACCGAUGCCUUCUUCUACAUCCCCAACGCCGCGCUUUCGGCCGUCAUCAUCCAUGCGGUGGGCGAUCUCAUCACGCCGCCGAAUACCAUCUACCAGUUCUGGAACGUCUCUCCCUUGGAAGUUGUCGUCUUCCUCACCGGUGUCCUCGUCAGUGUUUUUGCCAACAUCGAGAGCGGUCUGUACACAACGGUCUGCAUGUCGGGUGCCAUACUGCUAUUCCGCAUCCUCAAGGGCCGCGGGAGAUUCCUCGGCCAGGUUCGCGUGCAUUCCGUUCUUGGAGAUCAGGUCAUCGGCGACGACCCCAGAAAUCCCGUGGGCGAGUAUGGCACGUUUGAAGAGGCCGGUAACAGCGCGGCCCGGAAUGUUUUUUUACCACUCGACCACGGUGAUGGGUCGAAUCCCGAGGUUGAGAUCGAAUCCCCGUACCCCGGCAUUUUCAUCUAUCGAUUUGCAGAAGGAUUCAACUACCCCAACGCCAACUUUUCACUGGAUUAUCUGACAGCGUUCAUUCUCGCACGCACCCGCCGGACAAGUGCUGAAACGUUUGGGAGGCCUGGGGACAGACCCUGGAACGAUCCUGGACCUCGAAGGACGCACAAAUCACUCGAGGAGCCGCAUAUGACCCGAAGACCGACCCUCAAGGCCAUUAUUCUGGACUUGAGCUCCGUGAACAACGUCGACAUCACCUCGGUCCAGCGCCUUAUUGACGUCCGAAACCAGUUGGACUUGUACGCGGCGCCGGACGUGGUGGACUGGCACAUUGCCUGUAUCAACAACCGAUGGACCAAGCGCGCUCUCGUCGCUGGGGGCUUCGGAGUGCCCGCCAAGGUACGUGAUGGGACCCAUCACCGGUGGCGUUCUAUAUUUAGCGUUGCCGAAAUUGGAGGCAAGCACUCGGCGGCGGCGGUUGCGGAGGAUGAGGCGAACGAGCGACAGCUCCGCAUCGAGUCUCAGCGGGCAGACGACGAAGAAGUGGGCAUGGAGGAUGGGUUCUUCGGGUCCAGAGUUGCAGCGGACUCCGGCAGACAGGCGGAAGAGAAGCCGUUGGUGGCCAUGUCAAAGCCGAGGCGAAGAGGGGCUGCGGUUCACGGCCUCAGCAAGCCACUGUUCUACGUCGACCUAACGAGUGCUGUGCAAAGCGCCAUUGCAAAUGUCGAUGCGCGGCAGGAGUUCCGGGAAUCCGUUGGCGGUGGUCAGGAUUAG